GAGCCCGUCUCGGGUUCUUGUGAACGCGCCACAUUGUGCGCCCCCGAGGCAAUUAAAAAAAAAUAAAGAUUGGAUUUUGUACUGAUAGGAAUAGGUAUUUGGUGAGACCUUUUUUUAGGUUCAAGGAUUGAAAUCCUUGAGGAAGAUGAGAAGAAGAUGAUGGUGAUCAGAUGAGGGGGGAUUUGGGCUUCAAUGCUGUGGUGGUGGUAUUGGUUUUUGUUUUUGUUGGUUUGGUGGGCUGUGUGAAUGGACUGGGAUCAAUGUCGACCAUUGCUGCGAGUUAUGGGAAUGGAUCGGCUACUGUGUGUGGGAUUCUGAGCGGCGGACAGCGCGGGAUCCAAUGUGUUCAGAACGGGCAAAAUGUGAUGGUUUUCCCGAAUGUUUCGUUUGUGGGGGUCUCUGGAGGGGACGGGUUUUUCUGCGGGUUGAGGCGGGGGGGAAGGACUUUGCUGUGCUGGAAUACAGAUACUGGGCUUUCGAGCUUACAGCCCAAGAGGAUUUCCAAGAAUGUUGAUUUGAAGGAGAUUGUGGUGGGGGAAAAGCAUGUCUGUGGUGUGGUGAACGGAACGGGCGGGAUUCGGUGUUGGAGAGAUGAAGCACAGGGGAGGAACGGGAGCUUCGAUUCAAUCAGCGCAGGAAGAGGUUUUACUUGCGGGAUUGAAACAGGGAACCGAAGGGUGCGUUGCUGGAGGCUUAAUGGGACAGAGAUUUCAGGGCUCCAGGGUCCAAUGGUCGAAAUGACAACGGUGGUUGCAGGGGGAAGGGAUGUUUGUGGGAUUCAAGAUGAUGGUUUUGUGCGGUGUUGGAAUGGGUCCGGGCCUGUGGAAGCACGGGCGGGGCAGUUUAGUGCCCUGGCUUUGGGAGAUGGGCAUAGUUGUGGAAUCAGGCAAGAGAACAAGACGGUGGUCUGUUGGGGGGAUUCGACUCCGAGAUAUAGUGGGGGGGACUCUUUUGAAGCCAUUGUUGCUGGUGAUAACUAUACUUGUGGAUUGGUAUCGGCGAAUUUCUCUGUUAUGUGCUGGGGAGGUCGCGGGUUCGGGUCCGGAAGCAUUUUGUCCUUGCCGCAGGUUCUGCCCCGGCCUUGUGGGAGUUCCAGAUGUUCCUGCGGCGAGUACCCGAAUUCAGAUAAUCUCUGCGCCGCCGAAUCAGAAUACAUCUGUUUUCCUUGCAGCCCGGAAUUGACAACGCCCGCACCGGUUCCCAGUCCCCCGCCCGCUGUUCCACCCAUUGUAGUCAGAAGGGGCCUAAGCAGGGGGCUUUUGGCGCUAGUCAUUGUAGGCUGCAUUGGGGCUCUGGCGGGCGCCGCCACGGUCAUAUGGUGCCUAUGGCGCGGGUUCUACGCCAGGCAGCGGCGUGUUCACAACUCUGUUCAGCCCACGGUCGCGCAGCUUCAUUCUGGAUCCCUGCGCCGCCAAACAUCCCGCGCAUUCCGGCGGCAGCGCAGCGGGACUUCCUCGAACCGCAGCAAGCGGGGCGACCGGGCUGAGGAAUUCACACUGAGCGACCUGGAAAACGCCACGGGCGGUUUCUCGGAAUCCAACAUAAUCGGUGCGGGAAGCUUCGGGACGGUUUACAGAGGCAAAUUGGGGGACGGACGGGAAGUCGCCAUCAAAAGGGGUGACAUUGUGGUGACGAAAAAGUUCCAAGAAAAAGAAGCGGCAUUUCAAUCGGAGCUCGCUUUUCUAUCCCGUCUUCAUCACAAGCACCUGGUUUCACUCAUUGGGUACUGUGACGAAGGCGAAGAGCGAAUGUUAGUGUACGAAUACAUGCCCAAUGGAGCUCUAUACGACCACCUGCAUAAGAACACCACUUCGCCCCUUUUAGAGUCCUGGACUGCCCGGAUCAAAGUAGCAUUAGACGCUGCCCGAGGGGUCGAAUACCUCCACACAUAUGCAGUCCCGCCUAUAAUUCACAGAGACAUAAAAUCCUCCAACAUUCUUCUGGACGCCACCGGGACUGCCCGGGUGUCCGAUUUCGGGCUCUCGCUGAUGGGUCCCGAAGAACAGGGCGGGCACCUGUCGAUGACCGCCGCUGGAACCGUGGGCUACAUGGACCCGGAGUAUUACAGGCUCCACCACCUUACUACAAAGACUGAUGUUUACGGCUUCGGAGUCGUGUUGCUGGAGCUUUUGACCGGGCAGAGAGCCAUUUUCAAGCAGCCAGCCGCCGGUCCUAUCAGCGUGGUCGACUUUGCGGUCCCCAGGAUUCUGUCCGACGAAUUGCACCAUAUUCUUGACUCCCGUGUUAGGCCCCCGCUUUCGCACGAGAUCGAGGCCGUUGAAAUGGUCGCUUACACGGCUGUUAAUUGUGUUCAUCUAGAAGGGAAAGACAGGCCCUCCAUGACUGACAUUGUGGCGAAUCUCGAGAGGGCCGUGGCAAUUUGCAUGCAGGUGCCCAUCUCCAGGAGCAGCUCAUUGGCCCUCGCCUCUCCCCAAUGAGACCGCCCGCCUGGGCUUUUUUAUUGUUUGUUUUUUUAAUUUUUUCCACGGCGAUGGAGAUUGUGUUUUAACAGAAAAUUGAAGGAUUCUCGGUUUUGUUCUUUUCAUAAUUGGUUUGAGAGGGAAAUUGAUGUACAGAAUUCUUUGACAUAUACUUGCAUUCAAUAGUGAUGAAAUUCAGACAACAUUAUUUCUUCAA